AACUAAUUUCCGGUUUUUAGGACUACAAACUGGAGAGCUCAAUUGAGACGGCUGUUACUUUUUAAAUUUAUGUAUUAAUAUAAUUUAGUCUAUUUUUGAUAUGAUAAACAAACGUUUACUGCAAUUUGUUCUGUGCUUGUCAUUGCUCAGUUUGCUAAGUGCACAUGAUGUGAAGAUGUCAGCAGGGACCGACGCGCAAAACGCCAACUUCUGCCACAGGACGAGUUUCACUGGACUAGGACACACGCGCCUAAGCUUCCUCCGAAAUAUGGUCGGGACUCAUACAUUGAUGUUAUAUGUGAGCGAAUGGUCAGAGAAGCAGCUUGUAAAAUGCUCAAUUAACAACGACCCUGUAGCCACUGCCAGUUACCUGUUUCGUUGCCACCAAACGCGCCCGGAGAGCCUCGUGGAAUUAUCCCUCUUCAAUAUCAGGGCGUUGUUGAGUCCAGACAACCUGUGCCCACUGAGUCCUGUCGAUGGAUUUAUCAAACAGACGAAAAAUUACCCAUUGGAGCAACAACAUAUUUCGGGUGCAAAAUCCCGUAGGAAACGCGCGUGGGUAUUUCCUGGGACACUUUGGUGUGGCACUGGAAGCAAAGCGAUUGACUACAAGCAGUUAGGAAUGUUUGAGCGAGCAGACGGGUGCUGCCGUGAGCAUGACCACUGCAGUAACACUAUCCCCUCCUUCACAGUGAACUAUGGUGUUUUCAAUCCCAACUUCUUCACCAUCUCACACUGUGACUGUGACAAAAGGUUUCGCCAGUGCCUCCAGCGUGUAAAUGAUACCAUCUCCAAUAUGGUGGGCUUCAGCUUCUUCAAUCUCCUCAAGAUGCCCUGCUUCGAGUUCACUCCCAGGAGUCAAUGUACUGAGCUUAAUUGGUGGGGAAUGUGCAAGGUGGCCAAGGUGGCCCCAUAUGCAGUCUUCAAAAAUCCCAAAGAUUACACCAUCAACCGCACGGCAAGUAAACAUGGUGGCAGCAGUGACCCCCAAACCUCAGCAGGCUCCGGGGAAAACCUGGUUACAGUGAGACCCUUGUCUAGCCCAACCAGGUUAAUCCCCAAAGGGAACCGCCCCAAGCUAUUUUCCCCCUCACGGGACUGUGUUCCAAGAGGUCCUCCCAGAGGAGACACCUUUCAGAUCAAGCACAGGAAAGGAUGCAGCAGGGGCAAGAAAACAUUCACAACUCAAACAACCACAAGUCAAACACAGACCAGCACGCCCUUAAUACAGACAACUGCAUCCCUGAUACAGAGGAGUGCAUCACAAAAACAGAAAACCACACGCACAACUCAGAGAGCUGCUUCGAAAAUUAUUACAACCACAUCACAGGUAAAAAUGAAAACUGCUACACAAAAGACUGGAUCAAGAACUGAAAAAACGAUCUCACCUCAAAAUCAAGCUACAACAAAGAAAAAACCACGGUCACGACAGAGGACAACAUCAACACCAAAGCCUUCACCUCAUCCACAGACAACAACUUUAACAACCACAACUCGUAUACCCAAAAGUCCCAAACUCCCAAAGGUCCUUAGGAAACUUCACCGUUGUGGCCCUCCAAGAGGAGAUACCUUUCAGCCUCGCCGCUGGAGGGGGGAACGAGGCAAAGCCUGUUUGGAACAGAUAACUAAAACACCAACGACCAUAUCCUCAGCAAACAAGACUGCAUCACCAACCCAGAGGAGAAUAUCUCAAACUCAGAGAACAAUGCCCUCAAAUAAGAGAACAACAUCUGCAACUGUGAUGACCUCAUCUACCCUUUGGAAGAACACAAUUACUAAGAGGACCGCCUCCUCAAAGCUAAGGACCACACCUCUAAUACAAACCCCUACUGAGAGUGCACCAUCUAUGACAACAGAUAAUAUGCUUCUUUGUGGCACUCUCAAGCAUUUGGAUGAAUGUAAAUACAAAAUUCCCCCUUUAGUGAAGAGAUAUGAUCUCCACAACAUGGGAUCAAAGACUGUGUACCAUUGUGAUUGCACCCACAGGCUGGGUGAUCAGAUCAGACACUUGGAGAAGACCACAAUACUCCAAUCCCUCCUGCAGGACUUUGUAUCUCUAUCCUGCUUCAACAUGCCGAGUGUGCAAGACUGUCAUGGAGGGAAAAGCUGUACUGCUGGAUUUUCCCAAGCCACUGACCUAAUUCAAGUCCUUAAAAGCAUGGAGGAAAGAGGAAGACUUAAUGCUCAGAGCACAAGUAAAGACUCAAAAAGAGGGACUCCUAUUCACCUCUACAAGCGAUGUCUGAGGAUCAUUGAGUCCAAGAAGCCUUGACUGAUGAUUCCCAAACAUCAGCACCCUUAAGUACCAGUUACUAGAAUGGGAAUGCAAUGCAUCUGUCCAACAUCACCCUCUAUUGUGUUUUUUAAAGAUUUUUAAGCCUUAAGAUGAUAAAUGUGGCAGAAGGACUUGAUUUGCUGCUGUUCAGUAUAGGAGGGAGUUCCUUAUACCUUCCAACUUUUCCCCAAAUCUUUGACCUCAACUGUAAAUAAUGAUCCACAACAAGAGUUGUACAGAAUUCUCCUGCUGAGGGUACUAUGAUCUCUGACAACAAUUUUAUAUAUUUAUAUUGAGUCUUUGUACUUCUAGAUUAAAACCCUUGAAUAUUACCAGUCUCUGUUACGUCAUUGUCUCACAUUACAAGAUUCCCUUGUAAUGCAGUAUUUUUUUAGCCAAUAGCAUUUCUAAAAUUGCUCAAGAGGUGGCACCCUUCUACCUCUAACAGUAAGGUAAUUGACAUUCACACACUCAUUUGUUAUUUUUCUUAGUUUUAGUAUGUCGUGAAUUGAUCAUGUUGAAGUAAACA